CGGGGUUUGGUCUAAGGACUUGACGCAUGCGCCGACGCAUCGGUGAUGCCAGAUCCAUGACUAGUCCAGCCUGAUGUAACGGAUGGACUAUAUUAUGGAUUUAAUGGUUCGUUCUGAUGAUUCGGUUCGGUUCAAAGAGCCAUAACUCCCAUCACUAUGAUUUACGACAGUUUGCGACAGUCCCAGCAGCAUCUGCAGCUCCAUGACCCACGUGACUUCCGCAUUUCACUCCUUGUACCGUUACGGCUAACAGUGGAUACAGGUUACAGAAAUGGUUUGUUUAAUGAUCAUGUUGUUCUGCUCGGCUCUUCGUAUCAGUUCUGUCUCUGCUGAAGACAUCACAGAUUAUUCUGGACUCAACGUCACUCUGACUUGUACAACUACUGAGAACCAACCUGUCGCUGUGGAGUGGAGCAGAGCUGAUCUGGGGGACAAAUUUGUUCUUCUGUACAGAGACGAUCAGAUUGAUUCAUCCAUCCAGCAUCCAGAUUACAAGAACCGAGUGGAUCUGGCAGACAGACGGAUGAAGGAUGGAGACGUGUCUCUGGUUCUGAUGAACGCAACGACUAACGAUAAUGGAACAUAUGAAUGUCGAGUUCAAAAUCAAGGAAGCCUGGAUCCUAAACUGAUCAGAACCAUCAACCUGGAUGUUUCUCCUCAUCCUCCUCCAGGAGACAAGAACUCAGGAAACCAGGACGGAUCCGUGGGACUGAUAGUUGGUCUGAUUGUGUCUCUGCUGGUGUUUUUGUUCUAAUCUAUAGAAAACAAUUUGCUUGUUUAAUGCAGAAAACCUCAGAUCCUCCAGUUAAUCUAUAGAUGAAUGAAUGCCUUAAUCCUGUAAAGAUAAUUUGCAUCAGAUUAUUGCUGCUGCUGGUGAUUUUCUGAUCGAUCAGCAUGACAACGAUCACAACUGAUCAACCUUCUGAUCUCAUCAACAUUAUAAAACUAUUUUACCUGUACCAUCAACCAUGGACUGAAAUGCUUUAUAAGUCACUGUGCUGUCCUCGCCCUGAGAUUUCCAGUUUUCAGCAGCCAGACAACGACGCUCCAAUAACCAAACUUGUUUCUUUUCUCCUUGUUUAUUGAAGAGUGACCUCUGACCCCUGCCAUCACUUUGGCCAUCAUAAACUGAAACAUACAAGACUGAGUAUUAGCCAACGAACAUCGCAAAUUAACUAUUCUAGCUGCUAGCUAAAAAUAAAAACUUUUCCUAAAUGACUCCAGCGUACAAUUAUUUACACCAGUUACAUAAAACGAAGAGACAAUUAUUGCUUUUACAAUUAACCAACACUUACGAACAAAUCUUGUCUGAAACACAACGUAUUAGGAUGAUAAUCAGCUUAAAUCAUGAACUGUUCGUGUUGCUUUCCACCAUCUUGGAUCUAUAUUCUUUUCUAGCGUCACCAAAACAUAACAGAAUAUCCACCAGGGGGCGCUCUAGUGCGGUUUCAACCUUGCUGGUCCAGUUUAACUUACAAAAGGCAGCACAGUCAGAUUUUCUCAUUUCUUACCUGAUCCAGACCUGAACUGAUCCUGGAUCCUGGAUAGAAUCAGAUUAUAUCUGUAAAAAUCUUUCUUCAGAUUAGUCCAGAUUGAUUUGUAAUGGAGAUUUAAAUUAUUUUUGCUUUGCUGUUUAUCGUUUACAUAUUUCACAUCAGUGGAUUGUUCUUCAUUGUUCUUCACAUUUAAUCAGUGAAUCUAAUGAACAUAAAAUGUUUCCUGGUAAUUUUAGUAAUAAUCUGAGUAAAAUCCUCCUUAAAGAGCCUUGAAAGGCUGUAAAGACAUGAAGCAUCAUCAGGAUCCAUGUCGGCACCAAGAGUGAAGAGAAAAAUGUUUGAAAUGUGGAAAGAAAACAUGAAGAACAACCUGAUCAUCAUAUGAAGAAUUUUAUUUCUUUGAGAUUUUUUCUGCUUUCUGUUCAUAUUUAUUCUGACCUCACUGUGUUUUCAUUUGAUUUACAUGUUUGUGUCUUUUUAUUGAAAUGUUUUAUGUUCUCCAGUAUUAUGGUGGAUUAAAGUCGGAUAAAUUUCACUGAU